AUGUCGGAAACGAUAGCAUACCUGUUAGCUCGUGCAACGACAGAGACAGCAGCAGCAACAUCCACAACAGCUGCUGCAGGCCACGGCGGGCUAUCCUCGGCAGGGCGACCGCCAGUCUACAAAGCCGUCGGAGUUUCACUCGCAGUCGCCUCGGGGGUCUUUAUCGGAUGUUCAUUCGUGCUCAAGAAGAAAGGCCUAUUAGAUGCAAACAUGAAGGAUGGAAAAGAGGCGGGGGAGGGAUAUGGAUACCUUAGAAAUGGGUGGUGGUGGAGUGGAAUGAUCUUGAUGAUUAUUGGAGAAAUUUGUAAUUUCUGUGCUUACGCUUUCGUUGAAGCUAUCCUGGUCACGCCCUUGGGUGCUCUUUCUGUCGUCAUAACUGCCAUUCUUUCGUCUAUGUUCCUAAAUGAGCGGCUUUCAUUUAUCGGUAAAAUAGGUUGCUUCAUGUGCAUAGUGGGCUCCAUAGUAAUCGUCAUAAAUGCACCCGAACAAUCUUCCGUAUCGACAAUCCAGGAUAUGAAAGGAUUCAUUCUCUCGCCUGGAUUUCUGUCGUAUGCAGGUGUUGUUAUAGUGGGAUGUGUAGGGAUAGUAAUAUGGAUUGCACCAAAAUACGGCCAAAAGAGUAUGAUGGUAUAUAUUAGUGUCUGCUCAUUGAUAGGAGGCCUCAGUGUUGUUGCAACACAAGGGCUUGGUGCUGCAGUAGUAACACAAAUCUCAGGAACACCCCAGUUCAAUCAAUGGUUCCUUUAUGUCCUAUUUGUGUUUAUUAUUAUAACACUAGUCGUGGAGAUUAUUUACCUCAAUAAAGCAUUAAAUAUCUUCAAUGCUGCGCUCGUAACGCCGACAUAUUACGUUUUCUUUACUAGCUCCACAAUUGUAACAAGUGCAGUCCUAUUCCGCGGUUUUAAGGGAACCCCUAGCUCCAUCGCCACUGUUGUAAUGGGGUUCCUUCAAAUUUGUGCCGGCGUAGUUCUCCUCCAGCUCUCCAAGAGUGCCAAGAAUGUACCUGACACUGAAAUCUUUCGUGGAGACCUCGACCAAGUCCGUACGGUUGCAGAGCAAUCCGAGCCUGAAUCAGAACCAAAAGCAGAUGCAAUUCGUGGUACUGCUGCAAUUAUCCGUCGUAUUUCUGUUGCAAGACAGAAGAUGGAGCAAGAGGAGGCGAAAAGGAUUAGGGAAGAAAAGUUAAAAGAUAUGCUAAAUGUACCAUUGCAUGAUGGGGAAAUGGUAGAAUGGGAUGGUGUGCAAAGGAGGGUUACCUGGAGUGGGAUGAGUAGGAUGCCUGAUUUGGAGGAGGGGACAGAGGGGGAGUUUUCUCCCGUUGUGGUAAACAGGAGGAGGAGCAUGAGCGUUGAUGAAGCUAUGAGGCGACAAAUUUACGAUAUCGAGGCUGAGACUGAAGAAAUACACCCACAAAGCUUUGUUGGAAGAGUCAGGAACUUAUUUGUCCCUCGCCCACGGAGUAAGGCGAGUCUCCGAGAUGAGACGGAUGUUGUAAUAGCUGUCACCUCGCCUCACCGAGAUAUCACAGAUCAGGGCUUACCGCCGCCUUCUCAAGGGCGUCCUUACAGUGAUCUUUCCGCCCCAUUGCCUUUGAGAGAGUUUUCGGGCGAUUACCAUCAUCAAAUCGGCUCGAAAUCAUCGCCACAGAUGACCAUUACACCCUCAGAAGGGGAAUUUUCCUCCCGCGACUUCGCGUCAGAAUCACCUCCUCCGCUGCCAAAACACGGGGUGAAGAGAACUGUCGAUGCCGGGAGCGACUACACUGCUAUUCCCCCGAGAGCCCCUCGCUCUGCACCUGGGCAUAUGAAUAGUCCUGUGGUGCGACCGAUGCUUACACCAACAACCCCACAAACCCCACAUAGCGCUCAUAGUACCGAUUCAGGGUUGCGACCAGAUAGUGCAGAUCAUACCUCGCGGAGACAAUUUAGUUUCCAGUCUGUGUUUGGCAGACAUUCGCGAUCCCAUUCUCGGGAUAGCCAUGGCGAAGGGGCCUCCUCUGAUGUCCCUCUUCCGCUCCCUCAUACACACUCGCAUCUAUCACAUCCUCAUCUCCCCGCUAGACUGCACGGGCUACGCAGAAAAAGCAUAAGUGGUAUCCAGGACAGAGGUAUAGCAAAGACGGAAGAGGAGAGUUUAGGUUUGGUUAAAGGCGAUAGCAGAGCGAGUACAUUGGACUACGAUAAAGAAACGGGCAGGUAUGUAGAGAGCGACGAUUCAGAGGAGGAAAGAGAGCGAGAGAGGCUACGCAGGAAAGAAUGGGGUGGUGGUGAUAGCAAAAGAGGAGGUAUGUAA